AUGCCUGCACCGCCAGCAGCGUUUGCUGGUCCGUGGGCUGCCCUUCUUCUUCGCCCUGAUGAGCGGUAUGAGGCCGAGAAGAAGAAGGAGGCCGAUGAUGCUGCGCCUUUGGAGGUAGAGCCUGCGCUGCCGUCACAAGUCGUUGAUUCUCGCGAGGAUGGCGUCGUUUUCUUGGACAGGGUCUCGGACUCCGCUUUCCAGCUGACCCACGUGACUUUGCAGUGCACUAAGCGCCUCGAUGGGGAGUGGGCCCUCAACUUCGACGACGACGGCUUCGGCGCUGUGGCCGAUGUCGGUUUCAACGUGGACAGCGGCGACCCCGAUGACAGCAUCAAGCUUGUGAGCGAGUUGUUCCCUCGCGUGCUGAUGCAUGAUACUGUGACUGGCGAGCGCUUCGUGGGCAAACCAUUGGAUCGUGCAUCACCUCCUGUGAGCCUCGACACGGUCACGACCCGCUUCCGCGAGUCCGAGGUGAAGGUGUCGUUGCCCGUCAUUGGCACGAUUGGCCUCAAGACCUUUUGCUUCCUCAUGCCGCGGGCGGCGAAACAGCAUUUGUUCUGGGACAUGGUCGGUCUGUACCGUCAGCUCAAUUUCUCGCAGUACGGCAAGUGUCCGUUCAGGUGGGUGUGGCAAUCGCUGGGGAGUUGGGCCAAGACGAUCGGCACCGUUGUGAACGGCACGCACAUCGUCCGCUCCACGGCUAAGUGCAAGCAGACCGAGGACGUGCCGUGGCCCGACCGCUGCUUGCCGUCGACUGCGGUGUCGACAAUCGGCGUGUUGGCGCUGAUGGCGAAGUGGACCUGCAUGAGCCACCAGCACGGCGGCCUCAAAGACAGGGCGGAUCGCGAGGCGCUCAACACAGUGUGGGAAUCCUUGAUGAACAUCGCUUUCGGCUCCGAGGAUAAGCCAGCCAAGAUCAUCCUCCGCGUCGAUCCCGAUUGGCAUUGUCGUUGGCCUCGCCCUGAUGUUCACGGAGCUCCCGUGCUUGAGGUCGAGGUGGACAGAUGCGGCUGCAUCCACAUCGGCGAGCUUGCCACGGGGUCUUCUCCAGCUCGGUCCUGCCUUGCGACGAUGGUGCGGAAGUUGACUGCCAUCAAGAGCCGCCAUGACAUGACGGUGGACGGCAAGCUGGCGAUUGCCACGUUCACGAAGGCCAGGGAUGCGCCAUCUCAGUCGCUGGGUCGCCAGAUCGCUUGGGCGUUUGCAAUCAAGCUGGAGGCUGCCCUCGGGAAGCAGGUGAAGGGCCGCGGCGGCGGCGAGGACUUCGCUUGGGCCGAGCCAGAAGGCGAGGGCAAGUUCUCGAUGGCGCUGGACCUCGUGAAGUACGUGCUCGGGGGCCGCAACGCGGCCAUGGGCCACCACACGUUUGUCGCCACGAUGGACGAGUGCGAGGGCAUAGGCAUGACCUUGGUGAACAUGGUGGAUGACGGCUUCGACGCCGAACACAUCGGGACAGAGCUGGAUCAGAAUGUCGGCUCGAAGCUGCCUCGGACUGGAUCGGGCGACCUCGGCGCGCCCCUCCAGAGGCAGGCUGCGUGGCUCCAGAGGUGCGAGACCCAGCAGGCCCAGAGCUUUCGCCCCAGGACCCUGCACCGCGUCGGUGCCAAGAAAUGUUUGGACUUCCAGGAUAAUCAGUUGCGGACUUCCCUGGGGGUCACUGGACUCGAUUUUUUCAAGCCGAACUUCUCGCUGAAGGCAUGGCUGGACUGGCGCACCUGGCCAUCGUUGACGAUGGCAAUGGACCUCGGCCCGAAGAAUAACUGCGCUGCCCACGCUGCGAUGUACAAGUUCGGCCUCAACUACGUCCAGUGGGCAGAUGCCUGCCACGGCGCUCACAGGGACUUCAUCCUGUGGCUCAAGGGCAUGCGGCUGUACGAUUUCUGGAUUGUUGUCUUGGCGCACUGCAACUUGCCGCACGGGAGCGAGAUCAACAAGGACAGCCGUUACAACCAGCUGAAGAAAGCGAUGGACUACUACUACAAGACUUUCGAUUACCGCACCGCGCCGCUGUUCCAGGAUGGUUUGCGGAAGAUAGCCCAGGAGUUGCAGGCCUUGCACGUGAUGCUCCCCCACGAGGCCGAAGAGGGGUUCGAAAUCUGGAACUACCUCAAGUCGCAGGCUCCCGUCAAGAAGAAGGGUCGCAAGUGCUCCUUCAACCGUUUCCUUGCUGCGGCUGAGACCCCAGAGGAGUGCAUGAAGUACUUCCACCAGGACAAGCACGAGAGGACCUUCUUGGGCAUCGAGAUGGAUUUCCUCAGGGGCAAGAAGUUCGGUGAGCGCUUGAAGAUCUUGGCGAAGCCUGGCACGGACGCCCACGGUGAGGAGGGGGGGCCCACGGACUCCAGGGUUACCACCGUGAUCGAGAGGUCCAUCAUGGGGUGUUGCGCCAAUGCGGUUGCUGUGUCAGUUGCCUUCUUGCACGAUCCUUUCUCGUUGCGCACGUGCCAGUGUGUGUUCGAGGACAUCUCGAGUUUGAAGCACUGGCAGGGUUUGGCCCAGAAGGAGUGCAGAUCUGCAGCAGAUUGUACGGAGUGGGCCACGAAACAGACGACGGGCAGAUUCUUCGACCACCUGAACAUCAUUUUCAAGAACCUCGAAACCCGUGCCCACCUCCAGCGCAGCGGCUUCAUGCUGGCCGUGCCUCCCAUGACCUUCGAGGACCUCCAGCUCAACACUCUCAUCGAGGACGAGUUUGCGGUGUUGCAGGGUGGUGGUGCUUUGAGGCUGGCAGGUCUUCGGAUCCAGCGCGGUCUGUGGAUGACAGCGGGAUGGCCAGCUUCGAUGACGGGCAUUUUGAGCCCCGCCCAUGCGCGCGACGUCAUGGAGCGAUUCCGUCGGGAUGUUCUCGCAGCCAGGCAUUUGUUCGAGAAGGCCGAGAAGGAUGGUGCCGACAUCCAGUUCGAGAAGAGGUCCGUCUUCAACCUCACCAGCGUCAAGCAGUACAUUUCCGCCUUAGCAGAACUGGGCGACAACUUCUACAGUGACAAGGAUCUUGUCGAAGUCGUUCGGAGGAAGGUUGCAGGUCCGCUCUCCAGCGCGCUGAUCGAGGAGAUCAACGGCACCCAGAAGAACAUAGGCCAGGCAAAGGGCUCCAUGACCUACCGCAAGCCAGAGAGGGCGAUGCUGAAAGUCUUGGAGGUGGACGUGCUGGGCAGCCGCAACAGCUUUGCCAACGUCGACGCCGACAUCGCCGUGCCAAACAAGGGGUUGCGCUUGGCGGAGACUGACUGGAAGCCGAAUGCUAAAGAGCGCAGCUUGCCGUUCCAGGAGAUCGUGUCGACGAAGAAUGCGGCGGAGUGGUUCUCUCCAGCAGCGAAUCAGAACUGCGUGGCUUCCGCUGACCUUUUCGUGCUGAGCGACGCGCUGAAAACGUUUGGCCAGAUAGACCAGUUGCGGUCGGCUGACAACGGGUGCUUGCUUGACGCUGGGCACACGAUCGUCGUGAGGAGGCGUUUCAGCAAGGACAGCCCUUGGAAGACGUACGUGCCGCUGGGGAACUUCAAGGGUUCUGGGUGCAUUGUUUGGCCAGUCGAGCUGAUCAAGAUCGACGGUUCCGAUGACUACAUCGCGCAGCCCAGCCUCACGGAGUCGUUCCCUUCAGUCAUUGCGAUUUUCGACAUGACGUCCGAGAACGUUGAGGCGUGCAAGUACAAGUGGGUGUCACCGUUUACGUUUGCUUCGGUUUACAAGGGCGCGGGAGGUGCCCCUGCCAUUCGCAUGACCACCAAAGGGCUUUGGAUGCGAUUACACGCGGCUGCAGCGUUGCAAGGUUUCUGGCAGUUGAAGCGCCCCACGCUCGACAUCGUAUGUGAACGCGUGGGCUUGGCCAUCCAGCCUGGGUGGGAUAUCCCAGAGUUGCUCUUCAAUAUGAUUAAGACGAUCUGCAAGUUGUCCAACAGCGACAUCAUUCAGAUAUUGCAGGAGCGUUUGGGGACUGGCUACAAUGACAUGUUCUUCAAACAAGAGGUCCUGGACUUGGACGAGGCGCUCGAGGUCUUAGAUUCGAGGGACCAGGACCUUGUGCAUGAGGAAGUGAAGCAGAUCCCUGGGCAGAAGGCGGAGCUCGAGAGCUUCAGCAGGAGGGUGUCCAAGCUGAAGGCGACCUACGUACCGCCAGAGCCUGCGCCUAAGGCGAAGGCGAAGGCGAAGGCGAAGGGGAAGGGCAAGGGCGGCGAGGAUCCACCUCCCCCUCCGAAAUUCCCUGAGGCCUUUGACGUCUCGCAGCCGCAGAUGAAAGUGUUCUGCCCGCCUGGUGGUAGCAUCUGGCGGGACCUCGGCAGGAAGGCGUGGCACGGGCACUACAGGCCGUUCCCUAGGAUCAGCCAGAGUUUCGCCAACCAGAUUUGUACUUGCAGGGAGGCUGCGAUUGUAGUAUUGCGGCAGCUCUGGUCUUUUCAUCUUUCAGACACUGGUAGGGAGUGGGACUCGUGCCCGCACGAAGUCCUCAG